CAUGCUGCGGGACUGCGGGCCGCGGGGACUAUAUGUUCAUCGCCGCAACACUCGAUGCUGGGUGUCUGGGGCGCUUCAUCACGCUUCCCCGCCCGGGUCCUCCCGAAACUUGGCCGCGUCUGGAUGGAAGCGGGUUCUGCUAGUCCAACCUGGUGGCCGGCUCACCUUCCCGAGCCGCCUGCGCUUGCCGCAUGGCACAUCUCCGUUCCAGAUUCUCUGCGCCUGGGCAUGUUCGGCCGGAGGGGCCAUGGCGGAGUGCGCGUCUAUUCUGAGGCGCGUGGUAAUGAUGGCGGCGCUCAGUGAGGCUCUCCUGUCACUGGAUACUACUACUCCCAGCCCUCCUCGGAGCCGCCCGAGCCAACCCUCCGGUCUUUAGUUUAGUAGUGGCAAUUUGACUUGCUCCGCUGCAUGUCUGGAGGGACCGAGGAAAGUGUGGAGACGCCUCGGGAACUAAAAGAUCGUAGCUCGGAAAGCGAGCAAGCCAAACAAAUAAACAAAACCCACCCACCGUAACAGAGAUGAGGCCGCUGGAGAGGAUGAGGAAGGAAUGGUUCAUGAUCGGGAUAGUGCUGGCUAUCGGCGCCGCUAAGCUCGAGCCGUCCGUGGGAGUGAACGGGGGACCACUGAAGCCAGAGGUAACUGUGUCGUACAUUGCUGUUGCAACGAUAUUCUUUAACAGUGGACUGUCAUUAAAAACAGAGGAGCUGACUAGCGCACUGGUGCAUUUAAAAUUGCAUCUUUUCAUCCAAGUCUUUACACUUGCCUUCUUCCCAGCAACAAUAUGGCUCUUUCUUCAGCUUUUAUCGGUCACAUCCAUCAAUGAAUGGCUUCUGAAAGGUUUGCAGACAGUAGGUUGCAUGCCUCCCCCUGUGUCUUCUGCCGUGAUUUUAACCAAGGCAGUUGGUGGAAAUGAGGCAGCUGCAAUAUUUAAUUCAGCCUUUGGAAGUUUUUUGGGCAUCGUUGUAACACCACUGCUACUGCUGCUUUUUCUCGGCUCAUCCUCCUCUGUGCCUUUUACGUCUAUUUUUUCCCAGCUCUUUAUGACAGUUGUGGUUCCUCUCAUUAUUGGACAGAUUGUCCGAAGAUACAUCAAGGACUGGCUAGAAAGAAAGCAACCUCCUUUUGGGACUGUCAGCAGCAGCGUGCUCCUCAUGAUCAUCUACACCACCUUCUGUGACACUUUCUCCAACCCUCACAUUGACCUGGAUAAAUUCAGCCUUGUUCUCAUACUCUUUAUAAUAGUUUCUAUUCAGCUGAGUUUCAUGCUUUUGACCUUCAUCUUUUCAACAAGGAAUAACUCGGGUUUUACGCCAGCAGACACUGUGGCUAUUGUCUUCUGUUCAACACACAAGUCCCUCACAUUGGGAAUCCCAAUGCUGAAGAUAGUGUUUGCAGGCCAUGAGCAUCUCUCAUUAAUAUCUGUGCCCUUGCUCAUCUACCACCCAGCUCAGAUCCUGCUGGGAAGUGUGUUAGUGCCAACAAUAAAAUCUUGGAUGGUGUCAAGGCAAAAGGGAGUGAAGUUGACGAGGCCAACGGUAUAACUCAGGAGAUGCACUUCCUGCAGCAGUGUAUGUAUGUACAGGACUGUGCAUACAGGCAGUUCCGAAGACUUGUACUUGUGAAUGUUGCUUUGAUGCAUAUUUUAUUUUUUUACAGGAAAAAAUAUGAUAUACCUUUUUAAGUGCCUUAAAAUGUUUUUAGCAAGAGCAUUAUUUCCCAAACAUGCUGUUGGUUGGUUACCGCCAGGGGUGGUACAGUAUCUUGAACUUAAUUUUUUUCCUCGCACGGAAAAUAGUCAUAUUAAGAAACAAGAAGCUAACGGGCUUCCCCGUACCACUUUUUGUGCAAAACAACUCUGCGAUAGUUACUGUAGUGUUUGAAAUGCGGUCACACCAUCAAGAGACUAUAUCCUUCUGAUGACAGCAAAAAAUUCCGAAGUCUUAUUCGUGCACACUUUGACUCGCUGUGCGAUUCUUUUUUUCUACAAUUGUGACAUGCCUCUUCCUUACCAACUCAGCAGGGGUCACAGAUCAACUAUGCUGAAAAGCACAAGGCACCUCUGCAUUCCUUGACAUCAUGUGUUUAGACAUUCCUUCACAUAAUUCCCCUGCCCCAGAAACUCUUCUGUCCUAUCAUAAGAGAGUGUGGUGUCAUGUCUUAAAUUUAUUAUAGGCUGCUUCAAAGAAAGGGCCUGAUGUGUGUCUAUGAGUAAAGUGGAGUAUUGAGGUGAACUGCAGGGUUUAGUUCGGGGGUUUUAAUUACAUCUCAAUGUUGUUUUCCCUUUUUUCUCAUAAUUUGUUGUUUCCCAACACACCUGCACACUCACAACAGCCAAAGGUGACAUACAAGAACAUUACAAUCGGUUUGAGAGCAGCAACAAUUAACAAUGGAUUAUGUUCACAUCCGACUACUGGGACCAAAUUCUUUUCCUGUUACACAGAUGUUCCGAACACUUUCCAAGCUGCCCAUUUGCUGGAAACAGCCUAUUACUGUUACAUGCUUGGAAUGAGCACACUUAACAUUUGAAACAAUUUAUCAAUGAGAAUUUCCUUUGCUGACUUGACAAAUGUUUGCAAACUUUUAAGAAAUCAAAUCAUCUUCUCUUAGGAAUCACUGCAGACGUAACAGUCAUGAAUGCAAGUGAGUAUUACAGAUGCCCCUUGCCUAGCCAGGUGUCUGGAAGGUUGGGUACAGAAAAUGCAGGAUCAUUCAUUCACCAAAAUAUCAAGCAAAACUAAUCCUGAAUCAGGCACCAGCUUUCAAAGCAGUAUCUGACACUGGCCUCUACUGUGGCUAGAAGAACUUAAGCUGGACCCAGAUGGGAAAAAAAGCAAUGUAUAAGUGAAGGGAACCCCUUUUCCAUGUUCCCUAACAUUUUCCUGUCACUUUGUUUCAUCCGUUCUUGAUGACAAAUAAAAUUAGCAUCCUGGGUCUCACUGAGACCCUGCUGUGUCUUCAACAGUUACUGUCGUCGUUAUUGGACCCACAACAAAAAUUCAUUCCUUCACAUUUUCCCAAGCUUAUCGAUAAAACUGACAUUCCUGUUACUUCCAGGCCUUAUCUUUUGUUAGACUCAGAACCUUAUAAAUUCAGCAGACCUUCCAGAGAUCCAUGCUGAAUAAGCUGUAGGGUAUACUGUUGGGAGAAUUACUUUGUCUAAAGUAGCAUGACUUGGCUUAACAAUUGGGGCGCUUACCUGUGGAGCACUGCUCAGCUGUCCUGUUCCUCUUUUAUAAGCUUCUGUGAGUUUUAGAGUAGGUGGAAAUUGUCUGCCGGAGCUAUCAUAGCAAUCUUUUUAUUUGAAUAUUAGUUUUUCCUUCAACUUAUCUACCUCUAUUGUCUAACACCUAUAGUAGGUGUGAUUAUGGGAUAAAAUUUAGCUGAAAAUGCUAUGAUAAUGUUUUAUCUUUUACUUUAAAAAGUUCUUUUGUUUUCAAAUAAUCUGAUUGACACCGUGCGUUUUGAUGGCUUUGGUGACAUGUCUAUGGCUACUUUUUUACCCAAGUACUGUAGCAUAUUUUUCCAUAGGGAACAAAAACUAAAAUCAAAAUUUAUUUUAAUUCAUGCUUAUUGGAAUUUAAUUAUGCAGCUUAAAAUAUUUUAUUAUGUUUACACACUGUCAAAUGGCAUUUGUUUUGUCCAAAUGUAUUUAUAAAAGAAAUGCAUUGGAUUAUACUCAUGUUUACUCAUUUUUCCACCGGACUUUUUUUAAAUGGUUGAAAUCUGAUUUUUUGUUGUUGUUUUGUUUAAGGAAUAGUAAUGAUAGUCUUUACACAUGUUCUAAGUUUUAAGAGUCUGUGAAUUUUUUCUUAAUUUUUCCCUAUUCUGUUUUAAACACCUCUGUUGACGGUCAGUGUUUAUGCUAAAUACCAAAUUGUUUGUAAAGGAUGGCUAAGUAAUGAAGUAGGUUAUUUAUGAUGAAUGGAAAGUAAAAAAUAAUUCUAUGAUUAAACAAAGAUGAUUGAA